AUGUCUAACCUCAACCGUGUCUUACUGUUUCUCCUCUGCGCAGGCCACAAUGUGCUAGCCGCGCCUCUUGCUCACCCUGGCGCCCCUCUAGCAACAGACCUCAGCUCCCAGCUCCAGCCGGAUUUCAGGGUCGACGCUGCGGGGUCGGAGCGUGCUUCGGCGGUGUUCCGUCUGGCUCGCCGCGCCGGAACUAGCGACAAGGUGCCCAAGCAGCGCCAGAACACAGCAGAGAAGGAGGACGCUUCGACAUCGGCGUCCGCACCAACGCCGGCCGGUCAGGUGGGCCGCAGCAAAAAAGACAAGAAGCCCACGAAACAACGGCCCUCGGCCCUCGCCGUUUGGAUGAGCGGCAACAGCAGCGGCUACAAGAAAUACCCGUCGCUGGCGGACGCGAGCGAUGCGAGGAAGAACGGCCAGUCGCUCAAGGAUCAGUUCGGUCAUGGAGUCAUGUCCUCGGGGAGCUACAAGCCAGGUCAGAAGCAGAAGGCGCAGUCGUUGGAACCCGUGCGAGGGAACGAUGAAGAGAUAUUGGAGCAGCAGGGCAGAAGUGAUAAGUCGGGAGGGAAGCGAAAGCAAACGCAAAGGCAAAAAGACUCGGAAGCAGCAUCCUGA